AUGAAUAUCGGUAGGGAACGCCUCAAACCAAUCUCCACCCUGGUGGUCGAGUUUGGAGGAGAUGUAGUACAUCCUGUGGGAACAAUUACGCUACCAGUGACCAUAGGGACGGCCCCACAGCAAAUCACCUCAUUGACGGAUUCCCUGGUGGUUGAUCGACCAUCAGUAUACAACAUCAUAUUGGACCACCCAUCGCUCAAUGCGGCUCGAGCCAUAACAUCCACUUACCACCUAAAGAUGAAAUUCCCUACCCCACAUGAGACAGGAAUGAUCAAGGAAAAUCAAGCAACAGCUCGAAAUUGCUACAUGAUGACCUUACAAAGCAAAACUAAAGCAAGGGAAACCUUGAUCGUUAAAGACCUUGAGGUGAGGGGAGAGUACCUGCAAAUUAGCAAGCUGGAUGACAACCCUACACGCAUACCAAUAAAUGAACUGAGUAAACUACUAAACGGAUUUGCGGACGUGUUUGCCUGGUUGGCCGAUGAUAUACCGGGGAUUGACCCUGCAAUCAUGGAACAUAGGUUGCAGGUAGACCCCAACCAUAAGCCCGUAAAGCAAAAGAAGAGGAGCUUUGCGUUGGAGCGGGUCAAGGUGAUAGAUGAGGAGGUAACGAAACUAGUAUGGGCGAAAUUCGUCAGGAGGUCAACUAUCUGGAGUGGCUAA